CUCGCUCUCGCUGCGUCUGGCGGUAUUGCUGCGGUUUGCCCCAUGAGGCGUGAAGCUUUGCCGGUUCCAAACGAGGCACUGAAGCUCGACGCUCGUGCUGAACAAGAGUAUCGUGAAGAGCUGGAGGAGCGUGGAUUGCAUGCCUCCUGCGUGAGUGAGUCCCACUGAGCCUGAUACUGGGACUAACACUUCCCAACAGAUCAUCUACAUGGCGUCUUGCCUGGCGACAUAUGGUCUACCUGGCUGGAAGUACCAAGUUACAAAGAUAGCCCACGUAUUCGUCCUCCCCUGGACACUUUGCGCUUCUGCAGCGGUCUUGGGGGGCUCUUGCCUAGAUAAAAAUCUUCAAGCAACGCACAGCGAGCCCGGCGAAAUGUUCAUCUAUCAACGAAACCACGGCCUUGUUGAUCCACAAGAUAGCUCGUGCACGGAAAUUACUUGCUCAACAACAGGGUCCGACCCGAGAAUAAAUGCACACUGUGACAACCUUGGGUGCGGAGACUGCUUUCGUCAUCCGGGCGGCGGAAUCUAUUGCACAGACUAGAUCGAUCGUGGAUUUGACCUUGAUCACUGUGGUGCAGAUAAGUUUUAGGUAGGUGCGUGUAGAGGUUCGAGUUGGAGGGG